AUGUACUGUCAGACAUGUAGACAACCAAUUCGUGCUGAUGCCACUAUCGGAGGCCUCAACCCGGCGACUUUGGAUGUUCUUGUCGGCAAAUCUAUACAAAAUGGUAUCUCUCAAUCCUCCUUGAAAUACCCUCAGGAACGGAAGAGUCUAUACGAUCGAGCCGUCCAAAAUGGCGCGUCUGCUGUCCAUAAGAGGACAAUCCCUCCUCCUCAACAUGACCCCGUCUCGUCUUUUCGCAAUGGCGGAGGAAGCUCCAAGCCUGAUAUGUCGUUCAUCGAAAUAACUCAGUCUCAGAUAGCUUUUCCAGAGGCGGAGCAUGCCGAUCAGACGAACAAGAGCCCUUACGGUGAAACAGAUGACAGUGAUCAAAAGGAUAGCAAUACUGAUUCUCUACGCAAAAGUCUUCUUAAGACAGAGGCCUUAUUCUCUAUCCUGUCUUCACGGUCGGAUAUUGAUCAUCCUAUAUGUAACGAGUGCACCUCCAUUCUCAUCGCGGGGAUGAAGUCGCGUUUGAGUGGAGCAACGCGCGAGAGAGAAGCAUAUUCAUCCUUUUUACGCACUGCUCAACAAAAUGCAUCCAAUUCCCAUACGAGUGGGCUGCAAUCUCCGGCUGGCUCGCAAAGAAUUCUGAAUAGUCUUUACGAACAGCUGGAGCGAACCGAAGACGAGAUAGAGUCGUUGAAAGCUGACAUCAACACCUUGGAAGAUGAUACACACCAAGCAGAUGUCCAGGAGCAGUUCUUCUGGACUUCUCGAAAUGGGGUGGAUGAUCAACUCAAUCAGGUCUCUGUUAAUCUAUCAAGCGCGUCUCAGUCGUUAACUCAUGAUCAACAUCAGUUGGAGCGCCUCCAGCGGACAAACGUUUAUAAUGAUACAUUUUGUAUUGGCCACGACGGCUCCUUUGGAACUAUCAAUGGCUUACGUUUGGGUCGUCUGCCAAACCAGAGCGUCGAAUGGGCUGAGAUCAACGCGGCAUGGGGACAAACACUCUUACUAAUCACUACAGUCGCAGAGAGACUCAAGUAUAAUUUCCACGGUUAUCGCCUUAAGCCGCAAGGCAGCACUUCACGCAUAGAAAAGCUGGAGUAUCCACAACAAUCUCCAGAAGUCACACGAGUCGUGAACAGCCGUGAUCGAUCAUCGCAAUCAGGAGCUCCAAAUCCUGAGCCUAAAGUCACCCCGUUAGACUUGUUCAGCAGUGGCGAAAUGGCCAUUGGGCGUGUUCUCAAUCACCGGCGGUUCGAUAAUGGCAUGGUAGCAUUCCUCGAUUGUCUUUCCCAGUUGGGCGGAUAUGUUGAACGCUCUUCCACGACAGAUAUCGCUACAAAGCCUUCCCUCAACAAAACACUAGCCAUGCGGAGCACUCCUUCCAAACCAGUUCUCCCGUACAAAAUCCAGAACGACAAGAUUGGUGGCAACAAGAUUGGCGAGGACAAGAAUGGCGAGUACUAUUCCAUCAAACUUGGUAUGGGCUUUGGUGACGCAGAGUCGUUUACCCGGGCUUGCAAGUACGUCCUCACCUGCUGCAAAUUCCUCCUGGCUUAUGUCAGCAAUCUGGAGAGCCAUCAGAGUCACCGGCACACUUAA